UGUGUUUGUGGUGGAUGGCGUGAGACGGCGGUGUACAUUGCGCUUGCCACUGCACAGGUGAUGACUUCGUGGGUGGUUAUCGGGUAUCCAAGUGUGUCUACUCGUUGAUCUCGACAGAGUUGCGGCCUCAUCAUCAAGUCUCUUUUCCGGAGGAGACCAUCGCGGCAGCUGGAGGAGGCUGAUAUUUUCAGCUGUGCUGGUGUGGUUCGUGCGAGAGGAUCGGCAGAUCCUGCUACAGAGUAAGUAAAAUACAUGCCGUUUGCUAUGUCAGAAGCAGCUGCCUCACAGCCAGCAGUGGCAGAGGCAACGAUGACAACAGCAUCGACGUGCCAACAUGAAACAGACCAGCUCGGGCCAAACACUGCCAGGGCAUCUAAGGAAGGCCCUCUAGAGCCCAGCAACCUCUCUGAUGUCCAAGCCGGCGAUGUAGAUGAUGGUACGCAUACGUCGAGCACUCGUAGCCAGGCCCGCACUUCUACUGGCGGCGACGAGUUGCUGGAACGCGCACGCGAGCUGAUGGCGCGACACAAGCAAGACAGGGAACACAGGGGCGCCGAGCAUGUCGCGCUGGUACCAGAGGUUCUGGAAUGCCUCCAGAUCGCGCUUCCGCUAAUAAAUGAAAAACGGCUCCACGACAAAGCCAAACUGCUGUCGGUUUUCCAGCUGUGCGAGGAGGCCGUUCUGGCAGCCUCGGACGACUGCAGCGACGACAACGACGUCUGCACGAGGACGCUGGGGCUGGCGAAGGCGGUCGUCGUGGACAUGCUAGCUCACAAGCGACUGGGAGAGGUGCGGACAUCAACUUGUCGUGAAAGGCUAGACCGGUACGUCCAAGAGAUAGACGACCUACUUUGGCGUUUAGACGAAAUGCUGACACACUCCACGGGCAACGCUAGGAGCGGCGGCGGCGGCGCUAGUGGCGGUGGGCCGGUCCCCCUCCUUGCUAACCCUUGGAGCGAAGAAGAGAGGACGGUCAUGAAUCAACUUUGCGAGCAUCGUUUCCUGGCACUUGUGCCCCACACGUCGUACUACGAGACAGUGGAAGGCGUGAGACAGGGCGUCGAAUGGGCCCUCAGGCAAAGAUUCUCCCAAGCGAGAGUGUUGGUCUUUGGCUCAUCCGCAAUGAGCUUGUCCACACCCGAGAGCGACAUCGACCUGACCCUUCAUCUCCCUUCCAGAGUGGAGCUCAUGCAAGAGCUCAAGGGCGUUGUCGAGUCCAAGACAAGAGCAGUCUUGAUGGCGGAGGAAGGGCAGGCCCACGCUGUGCAGCUACUGAAGCAGAGAGCAUCCAUGGAAGACAAAUUGUCGAAACUCAAUGGCACCAAGCGGGGAAAACUGAACGACCUGUCGGCCUUGACUCUGUCCAGAGACAAAUCUGCCCAGAAGCUGCAUGCAAUGAAAGCUGCUCAUGCCGCCCGAAAGAUGCGGAAACUGGAGACUUCCUCGCAACAAACGCAGGAUUCGGAAAAGUCGGAAAAAAGUCAAACACCUCGCAGCAAGGACGAGCAGCAACCCACGCAGAGGCCAACCGGUGCAGCAACAGCCGCAAGGGUACCUAAUCCCGAGCCCGUGGCUUGUGCCGCUGAAGACAAGGACAAGGACCGCAAUGAUUCUCGAGAUGGACAACGGGCAGCCGAGCCAGAAGAGGAGGACAGAGAGGUGGUGUUGCUGGAGAGCAAGCUGGCGGCCAGGGAGCGAGGGAUCAAGACAAGCCGGCGAGCGGCCACGGAGGCGGAAGCUGCUUUUGAAGAGAAAAAGAAGGAGCUUGAGGACUGGACCAAAGAAAACUUUGACAACGCUAGCCCCGAACAGAAGAAGGUUGUGCAAGCCAUCAUAAAGUGCAGGGCAUCACUGGCAAAGGCCCAGCAGAACCUCAAGGCGACGAGCAAAAUCGUGUUCGAGAUGAAGAGGGUAAUGGAGAGAAAGGGCUUCACGGACGUCAUGGCUGUUCACAGAAGCCGAGUGCCAGUGGUUAAGACGUGUGUGCCGCGGCGCCUGUGGGGCCCCGCCGGGCGUCCGAUUGAAUGCGACAUCAGCGUCAACAACCUCGUCGCCGUGCACAACACUCGCCUCGUUAAGGCCUACACCGACCUGGACCCGCGAUGCCACAGGCUGCUAUACUUAGUGAAGGCCUGGGCGAAGGCGAGGGGAGUGGGAGACUCAUCGAAGGGCACGCUGAGCUCGUACGGCCACUGCCUCACCGUCCUCCACUAUCUUACGCGAGUCGGCGUGGUUCCCUCGCUUCUCAAGGAGCACAAGUCAUUCUCCAAGGAAGCAGGCGCCCAGCCUACACCCCGUGCAUUCGACCACGGGGACGGUGCCUUCAUUGUAGAAGGAAUCGAUGUGUCCUUCUCCAAAAUCAACUCGGAAGCCCUUCCACCCUGUCCCCUCCCGGGGGAAAAUCACUCCCCGCCCCUGCCCCGUGACACAGCGGGCCGAGCAAUUCACGGGAACGCCUCGGAAGCCGACAGCAAUCAGGCGGUGGCAGACUCGUAUCCUGAUGUUGCAAAUGAUACCGCAAAUGGUAGCAGGAGCGGGAGCGAGGGUCUAGCGAUUCGAGAUGCAACCAUUUGCGAUCUACUGUUGGGCUAUUUCAGGUACCUGGCCGAAGACUUCUGCCACGCCAAGGAGGUAAUGACCCUGCGUCCGAAGACCAUCCUCAACAAAGCCGACGUGUGGGCCAGACCCAAGCUAUGGCGUACGAGUGUGGAAGAUCCUUUCGAGACUUUCGACAGCAUCAACCCGCAUGAUCUGGGCACGGUUCUUUCGCGCACUGGCCAGACGCUACUCCACCAACAAUGGAAGAGGGGGUACGCCAUAAUGAAGAAAGGUGGUUCGAAGGCAAUCCAAGAGCUGUUCGAGACGUGCGACAGGGCCGCGAAAAACGGGCCCAAGAACGUUCCUGGUCUUGCCAAGAAGGACGGCGGUGGUGCCCGCGGCGGAAGGGUGGCCGGCACUGGCAACGGUCGCAGCACAGCUGUGCAAGGACGGGAACACCAGCACGCCAAAAGAGGUGCAGGGCGACUGUGGAGCCCCGCAGACGCGAACGGGAGUCACCACCAUCGUCAGCAACAGAAGCAUCGCCCCCAGGAACGAAGGGCGCCACUCGCCCUCCGCGGCAUACCUCAAGGACAAGGUCGAUCGCUACUGCCCAUGGCAGAGAUGCAUCAGCAACAGCAGCAGCACGCCCACCACCACCAACAGCACCGCCAGAGACAGCAACAGAAGCAUCAACAACUGGCAUUCCACCACGCUAACGGAGCUCACCGUCACCUGCGGUACCAGCAACAGCGGCACACGUCGUACAACGCUGUGAGCUUGCAGCCGCAGCAGCAACAGCAGCAACAGUCGCGGCAGCAACACCACGUACAAUCACAGCAAUAUCCAUCUCACAACGUUGCCCUGACAGAUGGAACCGUCGGCGGCUUCGCGGUUCUCGCCGAACAACCCGUCACCCUUCCACUUCAAACCGGGUUUCCACAACAGCAACCGGUACACCCCGGGUACCAACCUCCGCCGACGAUGCCCAUGAACCCACGGCAGGAGAUGACAGGGCGAGGAGGCAGUCGACAACAAGGCCGUGGAAGAGUUGAUCCUCGGAGCCAGGAAGGCAAAAGCGCGCCGGUAGGAGGUGGGAGGCGCCAAGGAGGACGUGGAGAAGGGUUGAAGCGGGGCCGGAGGGGAAAGGGGGUUCGUAACGGAGGACCUGACGGAGCGAGUGGGGGUUCGUGAUCAACUGUUUUUUCUUUCUUUUAGCUGUUGAAAUGGGUGCUUGUGAGAAUUGCCAAUCAGGUAUGGCGUGACUGAGCGGUGGUAGAGACUGCAUGCUGGCAGAUUGAUGCAGGUCUUGUCUUGUUCGUUCGUGAUGGAUUGGUGGGAGUGGUGUUGCAUUGUAUCUGUAGGCCAAACGGGUACAAGUAAGGGCAACACAAUCGGACUUUUUUGCCAGGGUGUUCACCAGUCCGAAGUAGAGAAGACGUGACUGACGAGGGAACAGUGUGUCCUUCUGAGGGGAUUGUCGGUCGCCGGUGGUGCUACAUUUCAUGCACGAGCCUCGAGUGUUGAAACAGUUAAGAAGACUCACUCGCUCACCUUUGUCGCUGAAAACAGUUCGUGCGUAGAACCGGUUCCUCAGGGCUGAAGAUCUAUGGAGAACUGAGCUUACGUUGUUCAUACGGUAUUUGACAGGUCGUGCGCCAGCUUGCUGGUCACAUCCAUGUAGACGUAGUAGGUCAUCACAGCUUCUCUUCCAUGGCAGUAUUUGCCACGCGAACGGCAUUGAACAGUUCGCUUGACAUAGGAAACACGGAUGGAUGAAGCAUGCGAAAGACAGAGUAACGGGUGAUGACAUGCACAUUAGCAGGCUUUGGCUUUGAUUUUAUUUUCCACAUGGGUGUUGAAAUAAAUAUAUAUAUUUUUUUUGAAGCGUUCUGUUGAAACGUGUCAUCAUGAAGAGACAUACAUGUUGAGGUUGUCCCUUCUUCGUAGAUACGGCAUAGUCUAACCGCCGCCCCUUCGACACCUUUUGUCUAGAGGGAAAAUAGCUUUUGAAUUCGUCACGGCAUUUGCGGCUUUGGCCCAGACAUGUAGGAAACCAUGUCCACAUAAUAAUACCAUGCAUGAAUUCCCAGGACAUGCCAACACAUUUAUUGGCAGAUUACGAGCUCCGCAGGCAAAACGCUUUUCGAAACGCGAUAGUCCCGAGUGCUGACAACAAUUCCCAAGCUCGUUUGAACUUGGGUCUCUCUUUUGUUUAGCUUCAGUCUCAUCGUUAGAUAUCCGUGGAAAUUUCAUUAGCAUGCCCUAUAGACUAUCCCUUGCCCGACCCGGUCAAAAUGCUGAUCUCGAGCUACUGUGCAAAUCUCGUGGCGCCUCGAGUAUGGUUCGGUGUGGAAUCGCAAAUCAUGAGCCGUCCCCGAGUUUGAGCAGCUUCCGCCUCCUGUGGCAGGCGAGAGUCGGCCUUGACUGUUCCUUUCCUGUUUCGCCAUGGAAAUGGCCGGUCGAACACUGAAAGAGGGUCCUGCAUGCUGCGCGCCACAUUUUAUUUUUUUUCGUUUGUGCUUGAGUGCCCGUUGUAGACAUGCGGCUGCUGCUGCGGUUGCUGUUGUUAUGCUCGGAACGUGCUGCAAUGGUCGUAAGGUUGUCGUAGUCUGGUUUGUCAACAGUCUGCUCGUUCGUGUUGCGGUAGUGGUGCGCAUCGAUCGCGACGGCAAGCGCAUUGAGAUAAUUGUUCGUCGGUCGAUCUUCUAGUCUAUUCUACGCAGAAUGUCGUGUUCUUCUUUGUUGCCACUUCAUACCAGCAAGAAAGUCUCCACAGUUCGGAAACGAUGACUUUUUUCUUCUGUUGUGUCUUUGUUGCUGAGCGCACAUCAGAUGUCGCCCUUCGUUACACGUGUUUAAGCCUGCGGU